ACUUUUCGAGGGAGGACAGAACUCACAAAAGGAGGACUGUCCUCUCUAAAGGAGGACGGUUGGUCACCUUAAUAAUAUUUUAAUUAUUAAUUGGUACAUUUUGUUGCUUGGAACUAGUUUAUAUUUUAUCUGUGAUUGGCCAGACACUGAAACAAAUUUGGAGACCUAAGUCAUAGUGACCUUGAUAUAUUAUUACUUGUUAUUGAUCAAAUCUGCUUUAAGUUAAUCUACAGCAUAUCUAUAGAACCUUCAUUCUAUUUAUCUUUGAUUUCUUAAAUCAUGUUUUUAAUGAACAUAAGCUGGUGCUUUAUCUUGCCAAAUAUUGGUCGUAGUAUGAGAUUUCAGGGAAUAUUUUUAACUAUAGUUAAAAUUUGGGGUUGAAAUUUGAAUUUAUAGAGCCACAAUGGAUAGCCUCACCCAUUUUUUUGAUUUGUUUUUUUGUCUUUCUCUGAUUAUUGUAUGAGCCAGGUGAAUACUAAUCCUUGGAAAUACAUAUUGUUUAAAUUAUGACCAACAGAUGUGAAGCUAACUCAUUCCCUAGGCUUAACAGAGUUAUUCAGAGAAGGGUGUUAGCAACGCACAGGGUUGGGCACAUUAAACUUGCACUGGAAGAGUCAGCAACCUUAAAGAAAAUAUUGCUAUUGUUCUAGUGAAACAAUAUCUUAGCAACCAUGUUGAGUGUACAUUGCAAAAGACAUGAUACAGUAUAAGAAGUUUCUGUUUUCCCUGUAACCACAGCCUGAACCUCUUGCUGAAGAAAAAAUACAUGGAAACUCAUAACGAAGCUGCAGAGAGAGAAAGGUAACCCAUAUUCAAAAUAAUGUAGCUUACCACCCACAACUUACCUUGGAAUUUUCCCCCAGUGAUGGAAUCUGAUGUGGCUGAUCACAUGACCCGUCUGAAGCUCAAACUCCUUGAAAAGAAAUUAGAAAAUGAACAUGAAAACUUGGAUGACUCUGACUCACCCGUCUCUACAAGAAAUUAUGACAAUUAUGGCUACGCCUUACAAAGUGCACUGAGAAGACGGAAAUAUCUUCUACAGCAGCUCAGAGAACAAAAUCUUUUGGAAGAACUUUCAGUACCACAAGGUUUACCCAGAAUUCAUAAAAAGCCCUUGGAGCCACAUCAUAUCUACCAAAUUCCUCCUCCUCCUCCUCCUCCUUCUCCUCCUCCUCCUCCUCUUCCUCCUCCUGCUCCCCCUCCCCCUCCCCCUCCCCCUAUACCUCAACAACCAAGAAUUAUCCAGCAAACAUUACCACAGCAACCAGCAACCAUAAUUCAACAAAUACCUUCAUAUCAGCCACCACUCAUUACACAGAUUCCAUCUCCACAGUCAUUUUCAGUACCUAGAUCUGGGAAUAUUAAAGAAGAUAUGGUAGAAAUGAUGCUAAUGCAAAAUGCACAGAUGCACCAAAUCAUUAUGCAGAACAUGAUGCUGAAAUCUUUACCACUAACACAUUCACCAGCUAGUGGGUAUGGGGUCCCGAUGCUUCAACAUGGACAACAGCUUACUGCUCCUGUUCCAGUAAGAGUGGAGAAAUCACAACCAUCAACUGUACAUCAUCAUCAUUACACAUCUUUAGGAGCACCAGUUAUUCCUUCUCAAAGUGGCUUCCCCAUAUGGCCACAACUGGAGGGUUUCCCAUCUGAAGUCCAUAAUCUGCCCAUUCCAGUCAAUGCAUCACACACACAAGUCAAGAGUUUGCCACAUGUGCCACCCCACAGACUGCUUGGAUUACCUUCGGGUUUGUAGAUUCCAUAACAACAGUAUAGAAAAGGUGGCUUGCAAAGGGGCAAUGAACACCUGAUUAAAAGCAUUGGAGCUCUCUCAUCUGACACUUCACUGCAGAAAGACAGAAAUUAUGCACAUUUGCUGAGAACACAGGGAUUGCAGCGAGCAUAAAAUUUCCACCUGAUACAGCAGUCUUAUGCAUCAAUUCUAUUUGACCUAUACCAUGUGAUAAAUAAUGUGCACCAUAUCCUGUUCAUUCAUGUCACAGACAUAGAAGAGGAGGAAGAAUGCCAUGGGAAAGAAGGGAAAAGUGCCCGCAUCCAUGGUCAUACUGAAAGCUCAUGCCAGUUAUGGGCUACAUAACAGCAGUCUUAUGAUAAUAUUUAGGAAGUGAUGGAUACACCUUCUUUGUGCAUUGUUCAAUCCACCUACCAACAUUUAACACAGGAUGUCAACAACAGAGCCUUUCACGACAAGGCUGUCUACAGGAGUGGUCCAACUAGGAGUUGAUGGGAAAUCAUUGCUCUAAUUACCCAACAAAGGGAAAGAAGGGGUAGCAUGGAGCACAAUGGCACAAAUCUUCUCAAACAAUGGAAAUAGCUUUGGUCAUACAAAGCGAGUGAUAAAAGUAAGGAAGCCAGAACUGUUGUAAAGGUGCAUUGACUAGGCCGAGGGCAUAAGGUUUGGAACCAGGAGCAGCAAAACAAGCUCUAUGAGACAGAAUAGGAAGAAAAUAGUUGUGGUUUAGCUAGCAAGACUAUCAUCAUAUGCAAAAGAGAAGGGGGUCCCAGAAAUCAAAACUAUUCUGCUGGCUGUUCACAAAGAAAUUCUUCUAUUGCAAAAUAAUAAUAGAGAAGCUAUGAGGCACUCAUAUGUUUUGUUUUGUGCACGUUAAAUAAUUCCGAGUUAUAUGUGCAGAAUGUUCAAAGUUUAAAACUGCUAGGGCUUCUCACCAGGAGUGGCUGGGAGACUUCUUUACUAUCUGAAAACAAUAUUGUUCCUUAUUGUCAAGCCCAAGGCCCAAAACAACAGAGUGAAAUCCAGUUGAGUCCAACUUUUUAUUUGUUUACAUGUAAUAGAAAACAUCUUGCCAGACAAAAGCUAUAAUCUUAUCUAAUAGAUAUACCCUGAGAGAUUCAAGGUACGAUCAUCAGUUCAGGGCUGCACAAGCGCUUAUUUUGGGCUUCUCUCUGUUAUGUCCUGCCUCCUCCUUGGGAAACUGGAGUGCACUUGCCAAGGCCCCUUCUUCAUCAGGUAUGCACAUUCCAUCACACUUGGUAGAUAAUUAAGCAAGUGCUGCAGGAGCCAAUGGUAGAUAUAAAAUUGAUGGUCGUCUGAUAUUUUUGAGUAUAAUUCUCAUCAGUUCCAUAAGCACAAUCAGAAGAAACUUCUGGAACAUACAGAGAUUUAUAAAACUCUGCACAACAGUCAGGUUCCUGGACACAUGAGUGAACCUUUCCCCUCCCUUACUGUUUUAUUAACGGAGGCAAGCAUCUCAGCAACUCUUGUCCAACUGUUUUAGGUUAUCUGUUUCAUAUACCAUGACAACAGUAUCCACGUCAAUAAGACUUAGCUAGAAUAAAGAGGCCACCGGUCUUUUAGCUACACACCCUUUGCCCUAAAGGUAGUUUAUGCAGGGUUAGGGUUAGGGUUUGGGAGGUUCUGGUUUCUUCAUGUUUAAACUGUUUAAUGUUUAAACAUCAAUAAUCCUUUCUGAAUCUUUCCCCUCAAAUGGCUUGAAAUUGUUUUUUUUUUUGUUCAUGACCUUUUGCUACCAAAACCAGCAACAAAAUCAGGCAGUUGUUAAGUGAGAUUUGCUCCAUCUUAUGACCUUUUUUGCCACAGUUGUUAAAUUACUGCAGUUAUUAAGUGAAUCAUAGUCAUUAAGUGAAUCUGGCUCCGCCAAUUGACUUUGC